AUGCCCAAGCGUGCUGCGGCUUGUUCGGAUUUCAAGGAGAAGUCUUGUCGUAUAUCUGGAAAAGAUUCAGUUCUCGAAACAAAAAAAGAUCGAGUGGUUGAAGAAGAACUCAUUGCUGUUCGUCUGACUGCUGAACAAGAGGAUGGCCGCCCAUGCAGGCGGCUCACUGAUUUCAUCUUCUAUAAUUCAGAAGGAGUUGCGCAGCCUUUUGAAAUGCUCGAAGCAGAUGAUAUCUUUAUCACUGGACUCAUCUUACCGCUUGAGGAAAGUUCUGACAAGGAGAAAGCAAAAGGAGUUAGAUGUGAAGGAUUUGGUCGAGUCGAGGAAUGGGCCAUAUCUGGUUAUGAAGAGGGAACCCCAGUGAUAUGGGUUUCAACAGAGUUGGCUGAUUAUGAUUGCUUGAAACCCUCUGGAAGCUACAAGAAGUUCUAUGACCAUUUUUAUGCAAAAGCUAGUGCCUGUGUUGAGGUUUAUAAGAUACUGUCCAAGCCAUCUGGAGGUGACCUAUGCCUUGAUGAGCUGCUUGCUGUGCUUGUGCGUGCAAUGAGUGGGAUGAAGUGCUUCUCGAGUGGUCUAUCUAUCAGGGAUUUUAUUGUUUCCCAGGGUGAUUUCAUCUAUAACCAGCUUAUAGGUUUGGACGAGACCUCGAAGAAUGAUAUGCAAUUUGCUGAGCUGCCCGUUCUUGCUGCCCUUAGAGAAGAAAGCAACAAGUUGGAUAUUGAUAAACCUCUGCCUGAUCCUCUUUCAGGUAACCUGAGAAUAGGUCCAAAAUGUGGCGACGAAAAUGCGACUUGUCCAGCAGAAGAAGAUGAAAGUUUGAAAAUGGCGAGGGUGUUGCAGGAAGAAGAACGCUGGCAGUCGAUGAAGCAGAAAAAAGGCCGUGGCUCAAACUCCUCAUCCAGCAAAUACUACAUCAAGAUCAAUGAGGAUGAAAUUGCCAAUGACUAUCCCCUACCUGCCUAUUAUACAACUUCAAAUGAAGAAACUGAUGAGUAUAUAAUAUUUGAUGGUGGCGUAGAUGUGCUGAACAUUGAGGACUUGCCCCGGAGCAUGUUGCACAACUGGGCUUUGUACAAUUCGGAUUCUCGAUUGGUCCCAUUGGAGCUCCUUCCCCUGAAACCUUGUGAUGAGAUUGAUGUGACCAUAUUUGGCUCGGGUGUAAUGAGUGCUGAUGAUGGAUCUGGCUACAUCUGUGAUGGCGAUUCUGCUUUCUCUUCAAGUGGCUCUGAUGCUCCUGCUGUUGAAGGGAUCCCAAUUUUCUUGAGUGCGAUCAAAGAAUGGGUGAUCGAAUUUGGGUCCGCAAUGAUUUCGAUUUCUAUACGGACUGAUAUGGCCUGGUAUAGGCUUGGUAAACCUUCAAAGCAAUAUGCUCCAUGGUAUGAGCAAGUCCUGAAAACAGCAAGGCUUGCAAUAAGUAUCAUUACUUUGCUGAAAGAGCAGAUUCGUGUGGCAAGACUCUCUUUCGCGGAUGUUAUCAAGAGAAUCUCUGAUUUUAACAAAGACAAUCCAGCUUUUAUAUCAUCCAACUCAGUGCUGGUAGAAAGAUAUGUGGUUGUGCAUGGCCAGAUUAUUCUGCAGCAGUUCUCAGAGUAUCCUGAUAAGAACAUAAAAAAGUGCCCAUUUGUGAUUGGACUCACCCAGAAAAUGGAAGAGAAACACCACACUAAAUGGCUUGUCAAGAAAAAGAAGUUCCUGGAGAGGGAUGAACAAAACUUAAAUCCGAGGGCCGCUAUUGUGCCUGUUGUGUCCAAAAGGAAGGCCAUGCAGGCAACUACAACGAGGCUAAUCAACAGAAUAUGGGGUGAGUAUUAUUCCAAUUACUCGCCUGAGGAAUCAAAUGAAGGAACCCAAUGCGAAGUAAAAGAAAAUGAAGAUAACGAAGAGCAGGAGGACAACGAGGAGGAUGAUACUCUUGAGGAGAAACAGUUAGAACAGGAGAAAACUCAGACACCUAGUCCCAUGCCAAGGCAGACAAAGUCCCGUUCAGGUAGCAAGGAAGUAAAGUGGGAUGCGAAAUCUGAGGGAAAAUUAUCUACCGGUGAGUGUUUAUAUAGAAAGGCAAUAGUCCAUGGCAAUGAAAUAGCAGUUGGUGGGGCUGUUCUUGUGCAAAAUGAUGAAUCAGAUGAAUUCCCAUCAAUUUAUUUUGUUGAAUACAUUUUUGAAAAGUUGGAUGGGAAGAAAAUGUUACAUGGGAGAAUGAUGUUACGCGGCUGCCAAACUGUGCUUGGAAAUGCUGCAAAUGAAAGGGAGGUAUUUUUGACAAAUGAAUGUGAGGACUUCCUACUGGAAGAAGUCAGGCAGAGUAUAAGUGUUGAAAUAAGAUCAAUUCCUUGGGGUCAUCAGCAUAGGAAAGCAAAUGCAGAUGCUGAUAAAGUUGAUCGAGCAAGAGCAGAAGAAAGGAAGAAGAAGGGGUUGCCUACUGAGUAUUACUGCAAAAGCCUGUAUUGGCCAGAGAGAGGAGCAUUCUUUACCCUUCCAUAUGGGUCGAUGGGACUUGGAUCCGGCUUGUGUGGGGCAUGCCGAGCAAAGGAAGCUAAUGAUAACAAGGAAAAGUUUGAAUUGGAUACAUCACUGACAAGUUUCAUGUAUGGAGGAACUAAAUAUUCUAUUGAUGACUAUGUCUACUUGAGUCCUUACUACUUUUGUUCAGAAAGGGAAGCUGAAAAUUUCAAGUCUGGGAGGAAUGUAGGACUAAAGGCAUAUGCUAUAUGCCAGCUGCUUGAAAUUUGUGAUGUUAAGCAUCGCAAACAGAGUGAUGCCAGUUCAGUGGAGGUCAAAGUCAGAAGAUUUUUCAGGCCAGAGGACAUAUCAUCUGAGAAGGCCUACUCAUCGGAUAUAAGGGAGGUCUAUUAUAGUGAGGAGAUGCAUACGAUACCAGUUGAAGCGAUUGAAGGAAAAUGCGAGAUCAGAAAAAGGAAAGAUCUCGGAUCUCAAGAUGUCACUUUUACAUAUGACCAUGCUUUCUUUUGUGAAUAUAUGUACGAUCCUUCCAGAGGAUCUCUUAAGAAGCUGCUUCCAGAGUGGCCUGAGCCGAUGUAUGUCUUUGCUGCACCUGAGUUGAAAAUCUCAAUGUCAAAGAAUCUGCACUAUUCGGCUGCUAAGAGUACUACAAAAGGAGCUCCAUUUCGCUCUCUUACUGUCAGAGAUACAAUUGGGGAUCUUCCUCCUGUGACCAAUGGUGCAUCAAACACAAGUUUACAGUAUCAAGGUGAGCCUAUAUCAUGGUACCAGAAGAAAAUCCGAGGUAGCAUGGCCACAUUAAUUGACCACAUCUCAAAGGAAAUGAACGAGCUUAACCUAAUCAGGUGUCAGAAAAUCCCCAAGCGUCCCGGUGCUGACUGGCGUGAUCUUCCAGAUGAAAAGGUGAAAUUAUCAACUGGACAAGUAGCUGAUUUGAUACCAUGGUGCUUGCCUAAUACUGCCAAGAGGCACAAUCAAUGGAAAGGACUGUUUGGAAGGUUAGAUUGGGAGGGUAAUUUCCCGACUUCUAUAACUGACCCACAACCGAUGGGCAAAGUCGGAAUGUGCUUUCAUCCUGAACAAGACAGGAUUGUUACUGUUCGUGAGUGUGCACGCUCUCAGGGUUUUCCUGAUAGCUACAAAUUUUCUGGUACUGUUCUGCACAAGCACAGACAAAUUGGAAAUGCUGUUCCUCCUCCACUAGCUUAUGCACUGGGAAGAAAACUGAAGGAGGCAGUUGAGGGCAAAAGCAAUUGCUAG